AUGAGUUCUGAUCAAAGCGAUCCAAAAGAAAUCGAAAAGCGUGGAGAGGAAAAUCAGAAUGAGACUGUCGAGGAAGAUCGAGGAGUCGGGGAAGAACUCGCAGACGAAGAACAAAAUGACGACGCCGAACGCAAUGAAGAUGAUGUUGUCCACAGUAAGUUGUGACUUAAUUUACACCAUUUUUUUCAGCCGUACACACUUUGAACUCUUUUUUUUUCCAUUUGAAAGAAUAAUUUUGCGGAAAGACAGUUAGAAUUUUUUUAAACGGUUCUAGUCAAUCCUUCCCUACUUUAAAAGCAAAAAAGGCAAAAAAGUAGGCGGGACACGUAACGUGUGCGCUCGCGGUUCUUGGCCCGAGUUCAAUUUGAACGACACAGACUGUUUAAAAAAAACCGGUCACGGCUCUUUUUGUACCUAUUUUACUAUUUUCUAGUGCAAAAAUGAAACAAAUCAAUUAAUAAUUGGGAAAGAAAUGAAAAGAGCUAUAAACGAGUUCUCAAAAUAAUUGCUGGUGGGUGAAUUAAACUCGUGCCAAGAACCGCUAACGAACACGCUACGCGUCCCAAACACUUCUUCCUUGCCUUUUGAGUCGGGAAAAAUUGACUAAAUCUUCAAAGUUGGUUGUGUCCCACAUUUAAAGGCGUUCUACUUGAAAAGUAUUUCUCCCAAUUUCGCAAGAAAGCUUUACAGAGUGUAUAAUCUGUGUACCACGACUUGGAAUUUCACCGAAAGACAUUCCGCUGUUCCGCUGCGCGCCUUUAAUUUUUCAUUUUACUUGAGAACUCGACCAACACGUGUUCCUAGUGGGACAGUUCAUCUAUUAGAAAUGAGAACCAGUUCAAAGCGAGACCGAGGCUCUCAAAGACGCUUCGCAACGAAGCAAAACAGCGGAAUGUCGUUCGGUGAAAUUUCAAGUCGUGGCACACAGAUUAUAAGAAGUUGAAAGAAAUUUUAAAAAAUUUAUAGGCCGCGCGGACUAUGAAGCUCCUCUCUCUUUGAAACCAAUGAACAUCAUCGAUACUUUGAUCUGGCUGUUCCCGGUGCUGCCGGAAAACCGGCAAGACGACGAGAGAGUUCUCGCGCGAUUCGCGGGAGCUGUCGAGCAAGUCGUUUAUCGACCUGAAAAUCAGGAUCUGCACCUCGUGAGUUUUAAUCCUGAUUUUCGCCGUUUCAUUUUUCCCUACUUACAAUAGUUAUACUAAGGUUGAGUCGGCUCCUCCAAGCUCUCACGGAAGUUUCGACAUUUCCGAAUACCUCGAACAAAUGAGCGAGUUUGACCCUGAUUUCCAAGUGGACUUGGUUAGUUUUCCUGAGUAAUCCACUUUUGGAAAAUAAGCAAAAUGAAUCAUACAAUUCAAAGAAUGAAUAAAGUACGCUAAAAUUGUUGAAAAGAACUCAGAAGAUCAUUCACGUUGUGAGAUUUUGAGUUUUCACACUUUUUGUAAAUUGUUUUUGCUUCAAGACAGCAAAUUCGAUACUAAGAAAGUUGUUUUUGCUUUCAUCGUAAUACGAUAUUGAGUCAUCAGGAAACAGAAAAACCAUGAAUAAUUUUGAAGAUCUUCGAAAAUUUGAAAUCGAAGUCAGAAAUCCAGUUGCAUUCCGUGCAUUUAAUUUUUUUUAAUUUUUCUCAGAUGCCCAAGGGUCAACUAAGAUACUUCGGAACUGCUUUUUGGUUUCCCUAUUUUAUUUAGAAUGUUCCUCUUGUGUAACCUGCCUUGAUGGACUGUGAAUGUGAACAGCUUUUUAAACUUAUUCAAAAAAAUUUAUUUUUUUACAGGAAGCGCUUCAGUUCGAAGAAGAUUUCAACGGGGAGCAUCCCAAGGGCUCUAUGUAAUUCAUAGGAGUACUCUUUCUGCAUUUUUCUGUUAAACUCCGAAAGGAACAUUAAAAAAAACACAAAAACCUAAAAAAAAAAUAAAAACUUAUUUAAUAUUGGGUUGGACGGGUUUUCAACAAAAAAGGGAGAUGAAAAUUGAUAGGUCUCAAAGAAUUUUCCCAAAAAACAAGCCUUACCAACCUAAUGCCAAAAAAAACGUUUAUUUUUGCAUUUUACCGUGCCUUUGGUUUUUCUUAUUUUUUUGGUUUAUUCAUUAUACUUUUUCUUUUUGCUCUGUCCUAUUUUUGAACUUCUCCGUUAUGUCUCUCUGUUAAAUAAAAAUUUUUGGGUUGGGAAUUGAUUUUUAAAAAUUUUUUUCAUGUUGGUUCGAAAACCAAUUUUUUUAUCUACUGAAUUAAAAAAAUUUUUCUAUUUGUAGUUAAUUCUGGAAUUUUUUUGCACUAUUUCGCUUUUUUUCAUAACUUUUUUUUCCUCUAUCGAAUUUUUUUAAGGUCCUUUUUAAUGAUGCUUUUUUUCAUGGAUUAUUUAGUAUAUUUUAUUUUCCUGUUUCACAAAUAUUCAAAGUUCAUCGAGAUUAUUUUUCAUUCAUUUUUUUUGAAAAUUGAUUGUGUAUCACGUACGGUAAGUUAGGUAAGUUUUAUUUUCAUCAGGCUUGAAGUUUAGUUUUCACAUCGAAUUCAAAGUUUGUUCAAUAAGUCGUGAAGUCGAUUUUUCAAACUGUUUUUUGUUAACGUGAUUAUAUCUGUUCCAAUUGAAAAAUUUCUCAUUUUUCUGCAAGUACUUCAACUGAUGUUUUUGUUUGUAUGAGAAAUUAUCAAACUAUCCAAGCAAAACAUGAUUUCAGUAAGACCAUGGAUCCGAACGAACCAAUUCGUGAAGAAGUCGAAAACCAAGGAGUGGAAAACGAAGGCGUUGCCGAAGUGCCCAAACAUCAUGUGGAAAGUCGAGAUGAGACUCCGAAAAUUGAAGAAGAACUCGCAGGCAAUGAUGAAGCUGCAGUUGCUGAAGAUGCUGUGGUCCGCAGUGAGUUACGCUUUGAUUAAGAUCAUGCUCUACAAAUUCUGGCUUGUCUCCGAUUCCCCUCUUUCCUGAUCGGAGCCAUAACUGAACGCGUUUUGAUGAUUUUUUUUUAUUGCAAGAGUAUCUCGUUCAAAAAUAACAGCACAAAAUUGAAUACGUCUACAAAAAAAAAUGAAGGUAAAUUUCGAAAACUACAGACGGCGUGGGAAACGAAGCCGAAGCCGCGGCGGUUCCGAUGAUUCUGGAGAUGCCCGAGCACGAGCAAGAGGCCACGCGUAAGUUGGGACUUUGUCUGUCAAACAGUCACACAGUCUGACUUGUCUCCGACCUCUUUUCUCUCAUUGGUGAGAUAAGGAAAACGUUUUGAAACCCAAAUUUUCGAAGUCAGACUGAUCCAUUUUUGAAAAAGUUCGAAAUAAGCAAGAAAUAAUCAAAAAUCUUCCUGAAAAAGUAAAAAAAAAAUUGAAAAAAAUUCAGGCCGCGAGUAUGAUGAGUUGAGAGAGCGAUUGGCCGUUGUGAAUCGGUUCUUUCUUGCGCUCGCAGUGGGGCCAGAGGACGAUGCGGUUCUUGCCGAUUCGGACGAUGAUAUCGAUGGCUUUCUGAUGGACGCAAUGGUUCGUGGAAGAGGGGGACCGGAGGACGGCUUCGUGAGUCAAUUUUUUAUUUUCAUCAUCAAUUAAUCGAUUAUUUCGUUAUUUAAUCAGAGACGUAAUCGAGUGGGGAUAAAAAGGAUUUUCAAAGCUUUAACGAACUAACGUUUUCGGAAAACUAAAAGUCUAAGCAUGUAGUUGAUCAAGUUGAAAGCAUGAUCCAAAGGCCUUCUGCUUCGCUCUUUUUGGUCUAAUCAGUUGUGACUUGACGAGCUCAAACGUAGCUGAUGUUGUAGCUGGUGCCUGGAGACCGUGCUCAAGGUAGAAGCCUUGAAAUGAAAAAUGACCACUUCGAGUGAAAAACUCCACGAAAUUUCUAACUGUAAUUUUUCUUUUUUUAACUCAAUAGCUUUUUACGGAGGAUGAGCGACGUCUCCGUAAAUUUGAACAAAAAUUCGAAUAUAACUUUCUUGUAUGGGACUUAAAGAAGCUAAAAUUCGAAAUUAUAUCGGGUUUUCCUAGUAUUCCUUUCAUUUUAACAGGACGAUUCCGACGAGGACGACUGA